AGUGCAGUCAACCCCGCUGCCUCAUCUGUCUUGUAUGUCAAAGUUGAAGUGACACCGAUUCGGACCAUCGUCUUCUUAUUCCUUGCUCGGAUUUUUGGGCCCUGUGUCUGGUCUUUAGCAAACGUCUCGCUGCGACCGCAUUUUUAGAAGAUGGGCUCCCCUUUUCCGUUAGAGGCAUUAACGGGGUACACGUCGCGAACAGUACCCUUCAAAAUCACUUCAGAUAUAACCAUUAAUGCCGACGUCGUGUACCCCGAGAAGUCAGACGGGUCUCCCGCUACCGUCUUGCUACAUUACCACGGUGGUUUCCUCAUCGUCGGAGAUCGGUAUUCGUUCUUGCCAUACUGGCUUGUACAUGCCUGCGCCGCCCGUGGAUGGGUCUUCGUGACUCCUGAAUACCGCUUGAUGCCCGAGUCAACCGCACAGGCCUCCGUGGAAGACGCUGCAGAUGCCUACAAAUGGGCCUGGUCAUCGCUCCCGGAGAUCUUGGGCCGCCCCGUCGGCUCGCUCCUAGUCGCUGGGUCAAGCGCCGGCGGGUAUUUGGCUCUCAACACAGCAGUCUCGGCCGUUCAGAAGCCCAGCGCACUGCUGCUCAUCUACGGAAUGCUCGAUCCUUCUGGGACUAGAUACACAACUCCCGGGAAGAACAUAUUCGACCGGCCACCAAUCGAGACCGGGCCUAUUUUAGAAACAUGGCCCAUGAGCAAGGCUUCGGGUGAAGAGAGGAAGCCUGUGUCAGCACAUCCGAUAUUAGGCGACCCCGCUGCUGACCCCAGAUUUGCUCUUGCUUCAGCACUGCACAUUGGCGCCCUAUUUCCCGAUUAUAUGACUGGCGUCUCCGGCCUUGCUCAACAAAUUGCUGCUCAAGGAGUCACGGCCAUCCCCAAAGAACAUCAGCAGCUGUUCCCACUUGACUUUGGCAAGCUGAGUGGCCUCCCGCCUGUCAUGUUGCUUCACGGUGCGAAUGACUCGGCCGUACCGCUUGACUGUAGCACUAGGGCCGCAGAGAGGCUAAAGGCAUCUGGAGUGCGCGUUUUAGCCGAGUUCCCGUCUGACGCGGAGCACGGGUUUGAUGGAAGGUCAGGCGAUGUUAACGUCGAGACUUCAGCUGGGGAUGCGGUGACAGCUGUAGAGUCUCUGAGGAAGGCGAUUGGUUUCCUCGAACAAAAUGCAGCCACUAGCUCUACGAAGUAAUCAGCCUCUCAAUAGAAGCCUGAAGAUAAACCAUGCCAAUCACUAAAGGUAGUGUCAAGUUGUCAAGCUGUUUUAAAGCUAGGUAUCCGUACCUACCUAAGGUACCUACGGUUGAGUGAGUGAACGUUGAUGACGAUGUCAUGACAAGGUAACUUGAACCGGUCAAUCUCAGUAGUUGGAAUAGGUAUUAUCUUUACGACCAAGGUUCGU